CUAAAAACUUUUUUUUUUGGUGGUCGCGUCAACAGUGUUUGAUCGAACAUCGAUUGUUAGCUCAAUUUUUUUUUAUUCAAUUAAUCUGAAACAAUAAUAAAAAUUAACUUCGAAAAUGAGUUCCAAAAGCCAAAUUCGUCAAAACUAUCACACUGAAUCUGAAGAUGGUGUCAACAAACAGAUUAACAUGGAGCUUUACGCAAGUUACGUCUAUGCUGCUAUGGCCUUUCACUUUGAUCGAGAUGAUGUUGCUCUAGAGAACAUCUCCAAAUACUUCAAGGAAUGCAGCGACGAAGAACGUGAACAUGCAUUCAAACUCAUGAAGUUUCAAAAUCAAAGAGGUGGCAGCAUAGCUCUGAAAGAUAUUAAGACUCCACCAAAAAGUAAGUGGGCUACUCCUUUAGAAGCAAUGCAGGAUGCUUUGGAUCUUGAAAAAACAGUUAACCAGGCACUACUCGAUUUGCAUAAACUUGCAGGAUCACAUGAUGAUGCUCAGAUGUGCGACUUUUUGGAAAGUGAGUACUUGACUGAGCAAGUGGAAGCCAUCAAGAAACUUGGAGAUUAUAUCAGCAACCUGAAGCGCGUUGGCACCGGACUUGGCGAGUACAUGUUCGACAAAGAAUUUAAAAGCUAAAAAGGAAAGAAAUACUUUUCACUAAGUUUCCUGAAGUAACUACAACAUUUCCUGAAAAAACUUCAAAAUUGAAUAAAAAGUUAUAAACAUGA